UGGAGUAGGAUAACACAUCGCCAAAGCUCUGACAAUACAGACACAUACCCACACAUAUACAGGGAGGUACUGGACUGCUUUCUUCACCUGUCUGCCUGUUGAACCAGCAGUGUUGGAUAUACAGUAUAAACUCCUCUGGAUGGACUAUUAACUUCUGAACCAUGUUGCUCCAGAAGUCUCAGGAGGAUGUCAACCUUGGUUAUACCCAAGUAAAAUGGAGGAUAGUUUUGAUUGCGACUGUGGCGAGCUUGAGCCACCUGAUCAUUGAUGGUGUAAAAUUACCUUGAAGACUAAUAGGCCAGACUCAUUUCAGUUUUAUAGAUCAGGUGACUUGACAGGAAAAUUACACAGAUAAAAAUAUAAACAAAAAAAGAGGAAAAAAAAUCCUAAAGCUGCUCAGGACCAGUCAAACACUGAAUGUAUCUGCACUGUAAGGAUGCAACUACAUGCUUUUAUAGUUUAAUAUAGUCUCAGUGCUUUUUAAUUGGCCUCAAAGUCCAUUCCAUUACAGUCUAUAAACACUAAAGAUAUCCACACAUCCAGGAUUGGAGGAGAAAAUCAACUUUAAAAUUUCCUCCCCUCAUUCAAGAUGGAAAGAAAGAUAGACCACAUAUUAGCACCCUGCAUUUGACAGCGACGGCUGGACAGGGGGGAUUCAGUAGUCGUCUGUGCAGGGGUCAGUCAGCUCAGCCACUGGAGCAGUGGGGGAAUUUUCAGAUAAAUUCCUCUGUCAGUGAUAAAGUUGGACUUGAAACAGGCCAUAGACCAAACGUCAGAGAUAGCUGGAGCUUGGUGUUAAGGCCAAAAAACGUCGCCAUGGCAGAAAAGUUUGAGUCACUCAUGAACAUCCACGGCUUUGACCUGGGUUCUCGCUACAUGGACUUGAAGCCUCUAGGCUACGGAGGAAACGGCCUGGUGUUCUCAGCAGUUGACACAGACUGUGACAAGCGUGUGGCCGUGAAGAAAAUUAUCUUGACCGAUCCCCAGAGUGUGAAGCAUGCCCUGCGGGAAAUCAAGAUUAUCAGACGCCUUGACCAUGACAACAUUGUCAAGGUGUUUGAAACUUUGGGCCCCAACGGUCGCAGGCUAACAGAGGACGUGGUGUCCCUGACAGAGGUCAACUCAGUCUACAUUGUGCAAGAGUACAUGGAGACAGAUCUGUGUCAGCUGCUAGAGCGGGGCCUUCUGUCUGAGGGCCACGCUAGGCUCUUCAUGUACCAGCUCCUCCGGGGCCUCAAGUACAUCCACUCUGCCAAUGUGCUGCACCGCGACCUCAAGCCGGCCAACCUAUUUGUCAACACAGAGGACCUGGUACUGAAGAUUGGGGACUUUGGGCUGGCCCGAAUCAUGGACCCACACUACUCUCACAAGGGCCAUCUCUCUGAAGGUCUGGUCACCAAGUGGUAUAGGUCUCCUCGCCUGCUGCUCUCUCCCAACAACUACACCAAAGCCAUCGACAUGUGGGCCGCUGGCUGCAUCUUUGCGGAGAUGCUCACAGGGAAAACGCUCUUUGCAGGAGCCCAUGAACUGGAGCAGAUGCAGCUGAUCUUGGAGUCCAUUCCUGUACUACGAGAGGAAGACCGCCAGGAGCUUCACAGCGUCAUCCCCGUCUUCAUCCGCAACGACAUGUCCAUGCCUCAUACACCGCUGGCCAAGCUGCUGCCUGACAUUAGUCCCCAGGCCCUGGAUUUUCUGGAGAAGAUCCUGACCUUCAACCCCAUGGAUCGUCUCACUGCAGAGGAGGCCCUGGCCCACCCCUAUAUGGCUGACUACUCCUUCCCCCUUGACGAGCCUGUCUCUCUGCACCCCUUCCACAUUGAGGAUGAAGUAGAUGAUAUCCUGCUCAUGGACCAGAGCCACAGCCACACCUGGGACAGGUAUCAUGAGAGCCAGCUGUCCGAGGUUGACUGGCACUUGCAUAGUACCCACGACCCAGACGAAGUUCAGGUUGACCCAAGGGCUCUCUCUGAUGUAACAGACGAGGAGGAGGUUCAGGUGGAUCCUCGUAAAUAUGCUGAUGUAGAUCGGGAGAAGUUCCUGGAUGAGCCGUCCUUCGACUACUCAACUCUGUUCCAGCCAGAGGGAUCCUGGCAGGACGACGACCACCACGAGAACAAAUACUGUGACUUGCAGUGUAGCCACACCUGUAACUACAAGGCCGUGUCGCCCUCCUACCUGGACAACCUCAUCUGGAGGGACAGUGAAGUCAACCACUACUACGAACCCAAGCUCAUCAUCGACCUCUCCAAUUGGAAGGAGCAGCAGAGCAAGGAGAAGGCGGACCGCAAGGCCAAGAGCAAAUGUGAGAAGAACGGGCUGGUGAAGGCUCAGAUCGCGCUGCAGGAGAUCGAGAAGACCCAGAGUCCAGUGGAGAAGGACAGCGAGCAGGAGAAACACCAGACAGAGAAGCCUCAAAGCCAGCCGAGCCAAGGCUUUGACUUCGACUCCUUCAUCGCCAGCACCAUUAAACUGAGCCUGCAGCCGGAGCCCUGUCAGGAGGUGGCCCUGCUCAACGAGGUGGGCCUCCUGAACGAGCUCAACUCUUCCGUUUCCCAGCUGGAGGCUCCCCGCUCAGGCUCCAUGUCCAAGUCCAUAAGUCAGGAGAAGGAGGAGAAGUGCCUGGUAAACCUCGCCCAGUUAGGCGGAGGAGGGCUGGGAGUCGUCGGGGACGGCAUCUGGCCCGCUCACCCCUGGGAGAGCUUCAGCUCCAGGGAUAGAGUCGGGGAGAACGGCUGUCUGAUAGAUGAAGUGUGCUGGGACAUUCGCAAAGAGGACCAGCUCCAGAAGGAGAGCACUUACACCAGCUACCUGGACCGCCUGUUCAGCCGGAAGGAAGAGGGCGCCGGAGAGACUGUGGCCGGCCCGGAGACGGAGCCCUCGGAAGUGAGAGAGCUGGACGAGAGCUUCCUCGGCAGGAGCGCAGAGAUUGUGCUUAAUGUGCAGCUGGACUCUCUGGCCCUGCCUCGCUUUGACAGCACCGAUGACUUGCCUCUGAAAUCCAUCCAGGCGUCCCUCACCCCCUGCGCUGUCAAAUGCUCCCCACAGAUUGCCCACAAAACAUACAGCAGCAUCUUCAAGCAUCUUAAUUAAUAAGAAAUAUAUAUAUCCUCCCCUCACAGUGCAAAAUCUAGGCAGUUUUGUUUUUAUGUUGUUGGUUUUUUUAAAAAAAUAAUAUGGUAUAUUAUUGAACUUGAAUCAUUUCAUACCUUUUUUAUUAUGGUUACUUUUAUUUUAUUUUUUUGUUAGUUUUUUUAAGAGUUGAACAGGAUGAUUUAUUAUAUUUAAAGAGUUUUGGUCAUCACUCUGAGCCUUGAUCACCAGGCCUUCAUGGGUUAAUGUCUACGCCCUCAUUGCGAAACUGGCAUGUCACUCACACACUUAAGUACUGUAUACGAUCGGAACGCAGGAGAGAAGUAGCUAGAAGACAGAAGGAUGGUAAGAGAGGUGUAUGGAUUUAGGAGGGAGGGUUUGGCUGGUCGGGUGUGAUGUAAGGAAGGACGGCAGACGCUGAUGUUGCUGUAGGCAUUUAAAGUGCUUUCAAACAGCCUUUCCUUUGACAGGAUUCAAACGUAACAAAAGAUGGGAUGCCCUUUUUUUUUUCCUUUUACGACUUUGACAUUUUUCCCCUGAAGAAAGCUUCCUUAAUGACCCUUUUCAUACUGUAAAUCUGACACAUGAUGCCAGCAGCAACCAUUAUCGUAGGCGUUAAUGUAAAUGUGUUAUCUACCUCAAGGUAACAGCCGCGAGAGACACUCGAAGCCGCACUAGUGCUUUACACACAUGACCAUCCUCAUACCAUUAAAUGAAGUGGUCGCGUAGAUGAAAUCUGUCUCACUUUAGCAUUUAACAUAGUGAGGUGUUUCAGUAAUCAUUAUUUAUUUCUAGCAGAUGUGCGAUAUUUAUUUUAUCAAAAAUGUGUUAUUUCAAUGUGAUUAUUGAAGAUUGAGGAGUUGGACAGACUUCCAUUUUCAUUUCGGCACUAUAUGGGCGUGUGAGUGUUCUUUUGUUUUAUGGUAGGAUGCAAAUUCAUCUGUUAUGUUUCUAAAAAGAAGUCGAGGCUUUCCAUUUUUCCACCAAUAUUGUCCGAAAAGGAUGUCAUCGUUUUUUGUUCAUUUUGUUUUUAUUUUUUAUUUAUAGGUGCGUUCUGUCUUUAAUGGAAAAACUGCUUUGUGGUUUAAAGAAGCGCCUAAAAGUCUUAAUUUUUUAUCUAAAUGUAAUGUUUAAAAAAAAAAAAAAACGCGUGCAUGGAGGCAAGAGAAAGGUACAUUUAAAGUAAAGUUAAUGGUGAGUAUAAUGUACGUCAGUUUUAAUUGUACGUUUUUUGUUAAAUUUCUAUGUACUUUUUCCAGGCAAGCAUGAUGAAUUAGGUUAAGGUGUAGCAUGUAGAACACUUAUGGACUUUUUUUUGUAAUCAUUGGUUCCCCUGUUCUACAAAAUAUCUCGAAAUAAAAUUACUGGCAAAGAGUUUAA